UGUGAGGGGAACUUCCGGGUAUCAAUCAUUUGUGAUCUACCGCCACCUAGCGGCGCCGCCGCGCAGCGCAGGGUCUGCCGUGUGCUACGUCACACAACAACAAGGAAGUGGCGGUGGCCAAACAAACAAAACAAACCGCACGAGGGGAAAAGGCUAUUUUCUGUGGUUGUUUUUUUAAGACGCUCCAUGGAGACCUAUUCCCUCCUGCGGGUCAUCGGCCAAGGCUCCUUCGGCCGGGCUGUGUUAGUCCGCUGCAAGAGCAGCGAGGAGAAGUAUGUGCUGAAGGAGAUCCAGCUGCCCAAGAAUCAGUCUAAAAUGGAGAAUUCGAGGCGAGAAGCCGUCCUGCUGUCCGGAAUGAAGCAUCCUAACAUCGUGGCCUUCAGGGAAGCCUUCGAAGCUGAUGACCUCCUGUGUAUUGUUAUGGAGUACUGCAGUGGAGGAGACCUGCUGCAGAGGAUCCGGCAGCAGAAGACGGCACAGUUUUGUGUUGAUGACAUCUUGAGGUGGUUCGCUCAAAUGUGUGCAGGUGCAAAGCAUAUCCACGACAAACGGGUUUUACACAGGGACCUGAAGUCCAAGAACAUUUUCCUGACAGAUAAUGGGACAAUCAAGCUCGGGGACUUUGGCUCGGCGUGUAUUCUGAACAGCUCAAAAGCUUACGCUCGUACUUACGUUGGGACACCGUAUUAUGUGGCUCCAGAAAUCUGGGACAAUAAGCCGUACAACAAUAAGAGUGAUGUGUGGUCUUUGGGCUGUGUUCUCUACGAGCUCUGCACCCUGCGGCACCCGUUUCAGGCGUCCAGCUGGAAGAGUUUGAUUCUGAAGGUGUGUCGCGGUGCGUACCCUCCCCUCCCCAACCACCUGCCCUACGAGCUGCAGUAUUUGGUCAAGCACAUGUUCAAGACGAACCCGAAAGACAGGCCGUCCCUGCACACCAUCCUGACCUCUCACCGGGUUUCCAAACUCCUACGUUCACAUUUUCCAUCCCAGGUGAUGGAGUCGGAGGCGCAGGGGAGCCGCACGGGUCGAUGGAACCGAGAGGAGGGGAAGGAGGUGGCUCGUCUUCUGGGAGAGAAAAGUUUAAUAAAAACGUCAACAUUUGAAGGCCGGGAGGCAUCUGAGGGUCACUGUGAAAGCACAGAGCCCGGCAAGCGGAAGCAGUGGGCAACCGAGCCGUCGGACACUGUGCUGCAGGUGCUGGCCAACGCCAGCCUCGCCUCAUCUGACAGCGCGGCAUCGACCGGCCACACCCUCGCCGGGUCUUCUCGUGGAAGCGUGUCGGAGGAUCCAGAGGGCAGCAGACAGAGGAGGCAGUGGGACAGGGAUCCUCCCGAAAGGCUCCUGAGUCUGUUGGAGAAGGCCCAGCUGAGCCGAGCCUUCAGCACCUUUUUAAUAAACAAAGGAGGGGUGGACCUUCUCGUGGGACCCCUCUCCGAGCAGCAGGGUGACGACACCGACGGUCCUGAGGCGGAAGUGGCCACAGACGAGGACCGACUGGAACCACGCUCUGACGACGAAGACACAGACUUUGAGGAAGAAUCUCCAUGUGACUGGAUAGAUGGAGUUGGAAAAAUGUUUGCCGAACACUCGAGUCGUAAUGAUUGUGGACAUAAGUUAUUAUUAAGUUAAGUUUAUUAAGUUUAUUAUUAUUGAGUUUACAAAAAUCCAGUUAAGCUCAAACUGUAACAGUGAGAUUUAUUGUUAAAUGCUCUUUGCUGAUAUUUGUGUACUUGAUACUUCAACAAAUACGCAAACGUUCCACUUGAACAUUGUUCAACUUUUUUGUCACAAUGUUUUUUUGUUUUUUUUUCUUACAUAAAGAUGCUUGAGACGUG